AUGUACAGAUCUUUGAUUGUCUCAAGAAAGUCAAACAAUCCUCAGGUUAAGACGACAUUGAUCGUGGCUCCUUUGAGUUUACUCAGGCAAUGGGAAAGAGAGUUGACUGUUCGAGUUCGACCUGAGCACAGAAUGAAAAUAUAUAUCCACCAUUCCUCCUCCACGUCGAAAUUACAUAAAACGGCUAAGGAAUUUAAAGAAUAUGAUGUUGUACUAACAACUUACAAUAUGAUUGGUAGAGAGUACAAGAAACAUUUCAAUGUCGAUACAAAUGGAGAGCCUGUAUCUAGGGUCUCGUCUCCCUUUUUUGAAGUCGAAUGGUACCGAAUUGUUUGUGAUGAAGCUCAAUAUAUCAAGAAUAAAACUGCAGUGAGUUCGAAAGGCUGCGCCGCUUUGACUGGAGAUCGAAGAUGGUGUCUUAGUGGUACGCCUAUUCAAAAUAGAAUAGAGGAAUUAUACAGCUUGAUAAAAUUCCUCAAAAUCGAACCCUAUUGUAACGAGAGAAAGUUUUCUCAGGAAAUUGCGAGGGGAUUGAGUAAAAGCGAUCGUGCAUCUGGCCGUUCAUUGACAAAACUAAGAGCCCUGUUGAAGGCUAUUAUGUUGAGGCGUACUAAGGACUCGAAGAUUGAUGGCAAGCCCAUUCUCAACUUGCCGCCGAAAACUAUAGAGUUUGCAGAAAAACUGUUUGAUGAAGAAGAAGAUAAGGCAUAUAAAAGCCUAGAGGCCAAAGGACAGGAGCAGAUGAACAAAUAUCUUGAAGCAGGAACUGUCGAGAAAAACUAUACCAACAUUCUCACGAUUUUGUUGCGACUUCGCCAAGCGUGCUGUCACCCCAAGCUGAUUGAGAAAUCAAAAUUAAAGCAAAUGGGUGAUUCAUCGAAGGGAAGGCAGAAAGUUGAAGUUUUAGAAAGGGUGCGUGACAUGGACUCCAAAACUGUACAACGAAUAAAGAAUGUGGAAGAUUUUAGCUGUCCUAUCUGCUACGAUGCAACCGACACGUCGGACUUAGUUUUGUUAACGCCUUGUGGACAUCAUUUAUGUGCUGAAUGCUCUCCUAAGUUUUUUUCUUUGAAGAAGGACCCUUCACUUGGACCCCAAGGUGCUAGAUGUUCUGAAUGUAGGGGUCCUGUAUACGCUGAUAAGACAGUCAGCUACGAAACUUUCGACUUAGUACAUAAUCAAGGCCUAAGCGAUAGUGAGAUUGUGGAAGUCUGGAAAUUAGAAAGGAAACAUCUUUUGAAUGAAAUAAAGAUGAGAAGAGAUGCUGUCAAGAGGCGUAAAUUAGAAGCAAGGGAGUUGGACUUGAAAAUGUUUGAUAGUGAUGGUGAAGAUGAGGGCGAAGAUAAAAAGCCUGAUGUUGUAAGUUAUGAUGUUAAUGAAGUUGUUGAUGAGCUUGGGCUAGCGCCGUUAUUUAGGCAAGGCUGGAUCAGCUCAACAAAGAUUGAUUCAUGUAUGAACCAAAUCCAUGAGAUUCGCAGGGAUUUUCCAUCUGAAAAGAUCAUUGUCUUUUCGCAGUUCACUUCCAUGUUAGAUUUUAUGGAAGUACCAUUGAUUUCCCAGGGUAUCGCAUUUAUUCGCUAUGACGGUUCUAUGAGUGGUAACGAAAGAAAUGAUGCUAUUAAAGACUUUUUCGAGCAGCCCGAUAUGUCAAUCAUGCUCAUUAGUUUAAAGGCUGGUAAUGUAGGACUGACACUUACUUGUGCCUCUCAUGUGAUUAUACUGGAUCCUUUCUGGAAUCCUUUUGUGGAAGAGCAGGCCAUGGAUCGUGCUCACCGAAUCGGUCAGCCUCUGCCUGUGCACGUUCAUCGAAUUGUUAUAAAAAAUACUGUGGAGGACCGUAUCUUAGAAUUGCAGAAAAAGAAGAAGAACCUAGUUGGAGCUGCUAUGGAUGAAACGGGGUUAAAGAAGAUAUCGAAACUAAAUAGGUCUGAGUUAAAAUUCCUCUUCGGUCUCGGUGGUAAUAUUAACCAAAUGGUAGAUGAAGGAGAGCCGGCCUCGUCUUCUACUGUUGUAGAGCUCGAUGAUGACGAUGACUAG